CCCAACUUCAUGAUUAGUGUGUGUAUCAGUGUAUGUGUGUGUAUAUAUAUUGGUUUGAGUGGCUUGUUGUAGUUAGAUUAGUGUGACUCUGCAGUCAUUCAUUUUGCAUGCUGAUCAUCUGAACUUUUUCUGUCUCUUUCUUUUUUAUGGGUUGAAUUUAUAUUUGCUACACGAUUUUUUCUUUUGGGAGGAGGAGGGAGUUGUUAUAAUCUUUCUUCGUGCUUGUUUCUCCGUCCCUGGACUGCUUUUAUUCGUGAGUUAUCACUGAUCUUCCCAAAGUUGCCCAGCUUAUGGAUUCUCGUUAAUUUUGGCUCACGGGCUUUAAUUAUUUUUGUUCCCUUCCUUUUCUUUUGACUCUCUCGCUGAUAGUUACCUAAGAAACUGAGAAAAAAGCUGAAAAAAAUAUAUAUUCCAUUCUCAACUAUUUUUGUUUCUGAUUUGGUGUUUUUUAGCCCUGAUAUUGUAGUAUUUUGUUUUUAUAUAAAUUGUAGACUUCCCAGUUAUCUGACUACAGAUGUUUAUAACAGUCUGAGUUAGAGGUGCCAUAUCUAAAAGCAAAUUAAUGCCAAGUUGUUUUUGUUGAUAAGGUUAACAAAAAUUAAAGGUAUGGCCUGGAUGCAGAAUAUGUACAAGAAAUUCGAAGCUAUGUGUUUGGAGUUGGAUGAUAUCUUGGAGCAGGAAGGGUUGAAAUAUGCCGACCACUUGCAGAAAGUAGGUGCCAAUGUCAAGCAAUUUUGCUCAGAUAUUGUGCGAGAUGUGCAGCCUCAGCCGUCUGAGGAUACUGUGGAUGGCGUAGCUAGCGUCUCUUGUCUAGUGAAAAACACCGAGUCAGAUAAAAUGUCAAAGGAAGGCAUUGUCCAAAACCAUUUUGAUAUGGAACCUUGCAACGUGAGUCGUUUGCUCUACUCAUGUUCUGUUGAACUUAUCAAGGCCACAAAGAAUGAUCUGUCUUUGGAGGAAAUGGUUGUUGCUGAGAUAUAUGAAAAAUCAGUGUCAAGUCUUAAGGAAAAUCGUUCCGAGGAGAAGCAAGUUCAGCUUGAGACAUUGGAUACCCCAGAAGAGAAAGAUCUAAGCAAUUCAGUAUUAUCCUCAACAUCUUAUGAUCUACUAGAAAGUAACUCUUUAACAGAGGUAAUUCCAAUAGAUGGGCUAUCUUCAAAAUCUGUUAAUUUGGUUGACUCGUAUGAAAGCAAGGUUCCAGAGUUGGGAUUUACUUCUAGCGAGGCCUCAGCUGAAUCAAUCAGACAGAUAGACAACUCCACUGAAGAUGCUACCAAUCCGGGAUCAUCUUCUUCAGUGAAGCUUGAUGGGAGUUGCUUUGUUACAGAUUGCAAUGAGCUUUCUUCUGUUUCAUAUGAAGCAGGACAACUAGGGUCUUCCAAGGAAACCUUGGAUAAUGUUUCGUUCAAAAAAAGGAAGGCAGCGAAUCAGGUUUUCAAUCAGGAACCAGCUUUUGAUCCAAACCCCAGUCAACAGAAAGAAAGUUUUGCAUCAACUGUUAAUACCAGACCAGAUCACGAUCCCUGCGAUUCCGACUGGGUGAUUGUCUAGACAAAUUAGAACAUGAUAAAUUCGGCGAUUCAAGUGAUUUUGUUGCCUCAUUCAUGCAAAUAAAGGAUGUAAACUCGUUUCAGAUGCUUUGAAUUAAUGCGGCUAGUACAUCCCUGAUGAUUUUAUAGA